UUGAACAUUUUCGCAACGUAUGCCUUUCCGCUUCAUCUGCUUUUGGGAGUGUUUUUUGCCAGCGACAUGGAAACCGUUUUCACCAAUCUCGCCAUCUCUAUUUCCACCAUUGCCUGCACAGCUAAGCACUUAACGCUUCGUCCGCAACUCAGCCAAAUAAUUUUUGUUAACAAAAUUCUACAGAAUCUGGAUCAGCGGGUGCAAAAUGAAGAGGAUACGCGUUACUACAUGAAAAAUAUGCGUGCGAUGUGCAUUUUUAUGAUGAAUUUCUUCACCGUUUCCUACUUUGCGGUAUCAGGUAUGGCAGUGCUGGCUGCUCUCUCUACUGCCAAUAUCUUAUAUCCGGCUUAUGUGAUUGUCGAUUGGCAAAAUUCAUUUUGGAAGUACUUGGCGGUAUUGGUCUUUCAAACGUACGGUUUAAAAAUGCAAAUCGUGCAGAAUCUCACCAACGAUGYKUAUGGACCUAUGAUCYUWUGCAUGCUUUCGGGACAUAUYCAUUUGCUCUCCAGRCGUAUUUCRCGYAUUGGACACGAGCACGAAWCCGAAGGGGAUAGAAACUAUGAAGAACUAGUGCUGUGUAUARACGAAUACAAAGUSUURAUGAAGUAA